GGGAGAGAGGUUUUGGGCCCGGGGAGCCGGCGUUGCAGUCAGGAGACAGGGGCCUCUGUCUUGGCUCCAUGGUGGGGCUUAGGAAGGGUAUACCACGGUCUGGCCAGAAUCUACCGAUUGUGAACUGGCUGCUGUUUUGUUUGUUUGUUUUAAAUUACAGACUUGGAGCAGACUACAGGCUGUGGUUUUCAUGCCUUGCUGUACUGGGUGGUGUGGUGGUCUUCGAUCAGGGCCUAGAGGAAAGUUUGGGGUUGUUAACUAGUAAGGAAAAAGAAAUGACAAACGGCGCUGUGGACACAUCCCAUCCCAUUACUUAAAUAGAGAGCAUUCCUCUUUUCCAGUCUUUUCAGAGAGCUGGUUUGUUAGGAGACGGACAGCGGCUUUUUGCUUGUAUACAGUAGUUUCUCAUUUCAGAACUUAAACCACUGCACCACUGAGUCGUCUCUGUUACCCACUAAACUCAGAUUACAGAAAACCCUCUAUGAAAUGGCAUGAACAAAUAAGGGGUAGACUUGUCUCAUCACAAGAAGUUUGGGGGGACUUCCCUGAUGGCGCAGUGGUUAAGAAUCCGCCAGCCAGUGCAGGGGACACGGGUUCGAGCCCUGGUCCGGGAAGAUCCCACAUGCUGCAGAGCAACCAAGUCUGUACACCAUAACUACUGAGCCUGCACUCUAGAACCCGCGAGCCACAAGUACUGAGCCCACGCCUGCAACUACUGAAGCUCUCGGGCCUAGAGCCCGUGCUCCGCAACAAGAGGAGCCACUGCAAUGAGAAGCCCGCACAGCACAGCAAAGAGCAGCCCCCGCUCAGCGCAACUAGAGAAAGCCCAUGUGCAGCAACGAAGACCCAACGCAGCCAAUAAAUAAAUAAACAAAUGUAUAAAAAAACAAAACAACAACAACAACAAAAAACACAAGAAGCUUGGAGGUGAUGUCUUUCCAGUGCAAAUGAAUCCAAUAGCUCAGUCUCAGUUUAUACCUUUGGCUGAAGCUCUUUGCUGUGCUGUAUCUGAUAUGAAUGCCGCUCAGACUGUGGUAACACAGGAAUCACUAUUGGAACAUUUGAUGAAACAUUACCCAGGCAUUGCAAUUCCAUCUCAAGAUAUUCUCUAUACUACUCUGGGAACUCUCAUUAGAGAAAGGAAGAUUUAUCACACUGGAGAAGGAUACUUCAUAGUUACUCCUCAGACUUACUUCAUCACAAAUAUAACCCCCCCAGAACAUAAGAGAGUCCUAUCAGAUGGAAGUCCCCAGAUACCAACUUCCAUUACAUAUCUGGUGGACAUGGAAAGCUGUGCAGAGUUAUCCAAAGAAAAUGUGGCCCGUGUUUCCCACUGUCAUUCUUGCCGGUGUUUCCAUGAUGUGUGCACUCAGGAUGUACAGGAACCACCAGCUGCUGCAGAAGUGACUAGAAAAUGCCAGAAAGGUCUUGGGGAAUCCAAACCUUUGGUACAGAAUCGAGCAGUUUCAGUGUCUGAGGAGAAUCACGUCUGUGAGAGCACCAAACCUUUACCAUUCACAAAAGAUAAAGCCAAGAAGUUUGGCUUUAGUCUCUUCUGGCGCAGUAUAUCCAGAAAGGAGAAGUCCAGAACAGUGCACAGCAGUUUCUCUGCCCAGUUCCCACCGGAAGAGUGGCCUGUCCGAGAUGAAGAUAACUUGGACAAUAUCCCUCGAGACAUUGAACAUGAGAUAAUCAAACGAAUUAAUCCUAUUUUAACUGUUGACAACUUAAUCAAACAUACUGUCCUAAUGCAAAAAUACGAAGAACAGAAAAAAUAUAAUAGCCAGGGCACUUCCACUGAUAUGCUGACGCUCAGGCAUAAGUAUCCUUCAAAAGUGGGCGUUAAGAAAAGGGAGAGCCGGUCUGUAAAGCCUCGAAGGCGAGGCCAUUCACAUAGAGACAGAGACAAAGCCAAGAGUCAGGGAAGUGGGCCUCAGCCAGGAAGCAUUAGACUGGAGAAACACCCCAAGCUCCCUGCUACACAGCUUACCCCCAGAAUUAAAAGCCCAAAUGAAACAGUACUUCAGAAACCACUUGGUGAGAAUCCAUCAGUUCUAGGUUCCUAUUUGAUUUACAAAAAGCAAAUCAGUAAUCCUUUCCAGGGUUUGUCUCACCGAAGGAGCCCAAUAACCAAAGGGCACAACAUCCAGAAGACCAGUGAUCUGAAACCCAGUCAGACUGGACCAAAGGGAAAGCCUUUCCAAAGGUCAAGGUGUUUGGAUUCCUCAAGAAUCCUUGAGAGUGAAGCCAAACAGUCAUACAGUGAACAAUGUAAUGAUAAACUGACAGCAGAAUCCAUUUGUGUGAAUCACUCUACUGUCAAACCGAUCAGUGAUGACUUUAGAGAUCACCUCUUAAAUUACUCUCAGUGUGGUGUUUGGCAAAGUGAUAGUACAUGCUGUUCCUUCAGGGAAAGCAUGUUGAGAUGUGAUGUGUAUGGUGGAGAAAAUGAGGCAGUCCCUGAAGUCUCCAGGAAAAGUUACUCUCAUUUUGACACAUUAGAAGAGACAAAAGAAACAGAGCAUGUCCUGCCAUCACGAGGUUCCUCUUCUUUAGACCAAGCAUCCUCUGCUUGUAGAUUAGUUGAUGAAACAAUACAUCAGUUCCAAAAUCUUGGUCUUUUGGAUUACCCAGUUGGUGCAAACCAUUUGAGACAACUUGAGAGACAAGACAGAGACUCAGAGGAAACUCUGAUGAGAAAGGCAUUUAUCCAGGAAGCAGAGACUGUGACUUUAGAAAAUGAAGGGCUUUCUGAUGAUGACCAGGCCUUGUAUCAGAACGAAGUGGAAGAUGAGGAUGGGGCCUGCAGUUCAUUGUAUCUAGAUGACGGUGACUUUUCUGAGAAUGACAGCUUAAUUCAAAUGGUGCCUGGCCACAUUCAGGUUUCCUUUCCAGGGGGAAACAAGUGGAAUCAUUUAGGAAAACAAAAGGUGACUGAAAGGUCUCUGACUGAGUACAAUAGCAACAUACAGAGGUUUGAGCCUCUGGCGCUUAAAGGAAAUGAACAUUACAAGCCCACUGGGUUGCUUACUAACCCCAGUGUAAGCCAAAAACCUAAUCUCUGUGCUGAAAACUGUGUCCUCGAUUUAGGAAUCGAGUCUGGUUUUAACUAUGAAGAGGAACCCAGUGUAGCUAAAUGUGUACAGGCCUCAGCACCUGCUGAUGUAAGUAUAUUUGAUUGCUACAGCGCAAGGAAAGCCGCUUCUGAGCCUGAAACCCUGCAAGACUCUGUUGGUGACACGGGAAAGAAACCAGUUAGCUGGAGUCAGAGUGCUCAGAAUCAGGAAAUAAGAAAACAGUUCACACACAAGUUAGAACUUUUCAACACUUCACAUAUGCCAGUGUUGGCUCAGCAUGUCCAGCCUGAACACAGUCACUUGGAAGGAACAGAAAAUCAGAGCAUGGCAGGAGAUAGUGGAAUAGAUUCUCCACGGACACAGAGCCUGGCAUCUAAUAAUUCAGUCAUUUUGGAUGGACUAAAAAGAAGACAGAAUUUUCUGCCGAACUUUGAAGGCACAAAGAACAGUCAAACACUCACAUCCAAUCCCUUACUACAACUAACUCCAGUCAUAAAUGUUUAAUUUUUUAGAAGAUUUUUUUUGAUGUGGCAUUAUUAAAGUCUUUUAUUGAAUUUGUUACAAUAUUGCUUCUGUUUUAUGUUUUGGUGUUCUGAGGCAUGUGGGAUCUUAGCUCCCCAACCAGGAAUCAAACCACAUCCCCUACAUUGGAAGGCAAAGUCUUAACCACUGGACCGCAAGGAAAGUCCCAUAAAUGUUUAAUUCUUAUUUUUCUUUUGGCAACUUUUUGUAAAAAUGUACAGCAUUAAUAUAGACUGUUUUAAUCAACUGAGUUUGUAAGAAUUCUCUAAAGCCAAGCACAUAUGUUAUUAACCUCAUUAUAUAUUUUGUUGUAGUUACUGGUUUUUUUCCUUUUUUGACAUUGGCUUUAUUAAAGCUUUUAUUUUAUUAUAACAUUAUUGGGAAUAUAUAGAUUGUUUAUAAUUAAAAAAACAUGGAAUCAUUGGUCUUCUUCCAAUUAAAUGUAAUUAACUCGAAUCAUCAGAUGGGCAUUCAUUGGUUUCUCAAAUACGUAGGAUACUGAUUUACUACCCAGUAGUGAAUUUCUGUACCCACAUCAAUACUGAGUUCUUAGGGUAAGUGGAUCUUGCCAGAUUUCAACACAAAACCCUAGAAAAUAGUGUUUGAGGGUUACGUAGAUACUUUGUUUGCAACUAAAGUCUUUUUAUCAUCAGAAAGAAUUUAUACAGAUGUGUUGGGUACUUUGCAACAAGAAUUCCUUCCAUCCAAUCAUUGCUGCCAAGGAUAUUCUUUGUGACCAGCUUGAAUAUGAACAAAUGGCUCCACCCUGUGAUUGACUGACUGUCCAAAAUACCGGUGGCAGUAGGCAUAUGGCUCAACUGUUUCUCUGGGUCCUCCCCAUAUUUGAGGCUCUCUCUAUAAAAUGGCUUUGAGAAGUCAGGAUGUUCUCAGAUGGUGGAGACAGAAGGGAAGCAGAAUG